AUGAUCUGUGACUGUGAUGUGGAAGCAUAUCCAGCGAGGUGCAGAUGUCCACACGACUCGAUAAAGAACGUCCGAGCCCAUAUAUCUAACGUGUUCCCAAUUUCCACCCCAUUCAUAAAGUUGCUCAAGAAGGGCAAUUCCGUGGCAGCGCUAUCAACCAGAGAAGAAGUGGUCGUCGCCAUAGAGUCCACCUAUAUGCGCGAUAGCGCCGAAUACAUCAUCCAGCAGAACUGUAGCGUAGGGUUGGCGCCACUAACUGGCUGUUAUGAUUGUCAAGAAGGAGCCACAGCGGUUGCUUUUUGCCGUACAGAGGUCCACACCUGGGUGAUAGUUCAGUGCAAGCACCACGUGUUUUCAAUCGAGUGUGAUCCUACGAACAAAACUACUCAUUUUGCCCUCGAUUUCCAGCAGGCUCUUAUAGACCAAAAAUGUUACGUGGAAUGCAACGAACAUCUGAUAGAAAUCCCCUUGAAAGGGACACUCGCCUUCCUCCCAUUCAUCAGUGACGACCAAAUUAUCGACUCCCACGUGAACCCUUGGAAAUCGUCAUCUACAUGGUUCCACGAUUGGAGAACCCCGGAUUUUAUGCCUCUCAUAGAGACGAUAAGAGAUCACUGGAAAGUUUCGCUUGCUAUAUUCGGAACAGCUGCUCUACUAGUUGCGGGAACCUACUUCCUUGGUCCAGCACUGCUCCUCACAAUCAUAGGAUCAGCACCGAAAAUUCUGGAAACUCUCCUCGGGUUUGCGGUCGCCGUUGUUCGCAUGGUCUGUGCACUCCUCAAUUUCUGUGUCGCCUUCUACUCACUCGACAUUUCCCUUACGCCCAUGGUAAUGGAUGAAGUCGACAUUGCUAUUCAUAUUGACCCCCUGGUUGAGGCAGUGAAGGAUCUCAAGGAUCAGCUGAAUAUGGUCAUCAUGUCGCUCAACGCUAAGUUGGAUGCAGUCAUGGAAGCACUGAACCGUCAGACGGAGACGAUGAGCAAUAAGCUGGACCUUUUGCUUGAAAGGACAAAGCCGAAGUCCAGUUGCGUUUUCUGUACAUUCGAAGACAAUAAGGACAAUCAUCCCACUGGAAGGUGUUACCGUUUUGCAGACCCUGUGUCAAGAGCUGUACAAGCGUCGCACUUGCAUCUCUGUAAUAGAUGUCUCCAGCCUCGCCACUGUGAAGAUUGUGGAAUCACGUGCUCUUUCUGCAGCGGAAAUCAUAAUGUCCUUCUCUGCCCAGCCAAGGCCUCCGCCUCAUCGACUCCCUACAAGCGGCGCAAAGUCUAA